AUGUCCAUUUCCAACAUCACAGUUUUCAUGCCUUCUAUGUUGACAUUCAUAGGGAUCCCAGGCCUACAGUCUGUGCAGUGCUGGAUUGGGAUUCCCUUCUGUGCCGUGUAUCUCAUUGCUAUGAUUGGAAAUUUCUUACUUCUGAUCAUCAUCAAAUUGGAACGUAGCCUCCAUGAGCCUAUGUACAUUUUCCUGGGGAUGUUAGCAAUCACAGAUAUUGCCCUUAGUACCAGCGUUGUGCCCAAGAUGCUUGGAAUCUUCUGGUUUCAUGUACCAGAGAUUUAUUUUGAUACCUGCUUGCUUCAAAUGGGGCUGAUCCACACAUUUCAGAGCAUAGAGUCAGGCAUCCUGCUGGCCAUGGCCCUGGACCGUUAUGUGGCUAUUUGUUAUCCUCUAAGACAUGCUGCCAUUUUCACCCACCAGCUGGUCACCCAAAUAGGGGCUGCGCUAACCCUCAGGGGUGCCAUUCUAGUAACUCCAUCCCUAGUACUGAUAAAGUGCCGGUUUCAAUUUUAUCACACAACAGUCAUCUCUCACACCUACUGUGAGCAUAUGGCCAUUGUGAAACUUGCUGCAGAAAAUGUCCGGAUUAACAAAAUCUAUGGUUUAUUUGUGGCCUUCACUGUUGCAGGGUUUGACCUCACAUUCAUCACACUGUCUUAUGUACAGAUAUUUAUCACAGUUUUUCGUUUGCCCCAGAAGAAGGCUAGGUUGAAAGCAUUCAGUACUUGCGUUGCUCACAUCUGUGUCUUCCUACAGUUCUACCUCCUUGCCUUCUUCUCCUUCUUCACACACAGGUUUGGUUCUCACAUCCCCCCUUAUAUCCAUAUCCUCUUUUCUAGUAUUUACUUGCUGGUCCCUCCAUUUCUCAAUCCACUCGUCUAUGGUGCAAAGACCAAGCAGAUUCGCAUUUAUGUGGUAAAAAUGUUCUGUUCAUAA